UAAGGAUGCUAGCUUCUUCUUUGUUCCUCUUCAAUAUUAGAUGGUCAAUAAUUCCAUUGUUAAACUAUCCACUUUGGGCCAGGCAAAGGGGAAAAGGACAUCGUGUAACUAUGGACUUAGAUUACAGUGAUUGUCAUUGUCUUCAUUGCCAGGAGAGGUCUGAAAUCCUACUUGGCGGAUUGUUGUUCCAAUGAUGUGUGCGUAACACUCCAAAGUAUGGCUUUAUUUGUGCUGCCCACUCCUUAUAAUGUCUUGUGAGGUGGCUGUUACCACUGCUGCCUAAAACUGGGGAGAGCAGUGUUAACGUCACAUAGAUGUGAUACACUUCCCUUCAUGCUUUGCUCACUCCAGCAUUGUUCUCCCUGUUUGUUUCCUCCAGAGGGUCUUCAAAAAACUUUCACCUCUCUGGGCUUUAAAGUGCAGCCCUUCAAGUGUCUCCGUAUGUGUGACAUCAUCAGAGAACUUGACAAAGCUGCCAGGGAACCCAAGCAUCAAGACUAUGACAGCUUUGUGUGUAUCCUAGUGAGCCGAGGAAGUACCCAGAGUGUAUUCGGUGUGGACAAGUUUGAAUCGGGCUUUCCCUUGCACAACAUCCGGAAGAUGUUCAUGGGGGACUCGUGCCCUUAUCUCGUAGGGAAGCCUAAGCUUUUCUUCCUCCAGAACUAUGUGGUGUCAGAGAGCCUGCUGGAGGUGGAUGGACCGGCUGUGAAAACUUCCGAACCCAAGAUGCCACACCUGGGACCCUCCACCAUUCACCGUGAAGCCGACUUCUUCUGGAGCCUGUGCACGGCGGAUGUGUCCCUGCUGGAGCAGGUCCCCAGCUCACCUUCCCUAUACUUGCAGGUCCUCUCCCAGAAGUUGGAACAAGAAAGAAAACGCCCACUCCUGGACCUCCAUGUUGAACUCAACAGCAAAAUGUGUGAUUGGAACAGUCAAGUUCCUGCUAAGAACGAGUACCAUGUCGUGCUGCAGCAUACUCUGCGAAAACAACUCAUCCUUUCUUAACCAAAAAACAAUUCAAAUGCACUGAAUGCCACUAUGUCCCUCUCUAGGGAAUGGGAGCUUUUCUCGCAGGCAUAGAGGUGCUUGGUGUAGUUGAGGUCCUUCCCCUGGGUCAGGAAGUUCCCCCUGGGUGUGUGUUGGAGCUGGAUCCUCAGGUGGAGGGUGGAGGCACUGGCCACUGUGGACAAAAGAGCUGACUGGGUAAGCCUUAGGAAGGGAAAUGCUUUGGAACUUUAAAAAUCAAGUGUUGAUUGAAUUGAGCAUUUCAGGAUUAUGUUGCCUUUUGUAGCCAUUAUUAUGUUCUUUGAUCAACUAAAACAAAAGUGCAGGGAUAGGUAUUUAAAUGCUUGCAGUUAGCCUGUAGGUGUCCAUAUGUCACAAAAAAUUGCUACCAGAAACAGCACAGUUAACCAACAUUUUAUAUAUUGCCUUGCACAGUUUGUUUUUUUUUUUUUCUGCACAUAAGCUCUGGAUGUAGAACAGAGGUUGUCUUAUAACCAGAGGUUGGACAACUGUGUCAAAUCACUGUGGACUAAGUCAUGGUCUGGAGGCCUGGAAGUCUGAGAUCAAGGGGGCAGCAGAGGUCAUGUCUGUGUCUGGUGAGCCACCUGCUUCUGGGUUUGCAGGUGGCUCUUUUCUCUUGUCCUCAUGUGGCCUGGUUGGAUGAGUGGGAAUGAGAGAGGGAGGAAAGGGAACGCUCUCUUAUCUCUUUUGAUAAGGGCACUAACUUUAUUCAUGAGGUUCCCACCUUUAUAACCUAAUUGCCUCUCAAAGACUCCACUUCUUAAUACCAUUGCAAUGGGAAUUGAGCUCUCAGCAUCCAGGGAAGACUCAACAUGGAAGGGCAACCUGGUAGUGUAUGAGAGGCUUGUCCACUCACUCAGUGGUUCACAUUAUCAAGGACACCUCUGAUUCUACACUUUGAUGCCACUAUCAUUGUUUCAAGUCUCACUUAAAACUCUACAGUAUAAUGAACUGUUGCAUGGUGCGAGCGAGAUUACACCAGACAUGUCUAAGGCUUAUUGAGUAGUCUUUAUUAACAAGGCUUGGUGAUAAUAGA